GGAGAAGCUGCCUCUCACGCUGCCUCUCACAGCCUUACUAGAUCACAGCCUUAUCUACGAUGUCGAUGAUCAUCUACACAAAGGAUCAAGCCGCAACCUCGUUGCAGGAUAACCGCGGCAACGUUGUCCCUAGAAGGCCGCUCGGACGAAUUCACGCUCCGCUUGCAGACCGAAUACGCUCCCUGGCCAAUUAGCUGUGGAAUUGAUCGUGAUGCAUCCGCCUGAUGUUCAAAUUGUUUAGAAUGAGAAAGCUCCAGGUUGGGGAAGAGGCACUGGACGUAUGGUGCAGCUGACAAAUCAACAUUGAUUCGGCGAGAGUCCUGAACAGCGGUAAACACAUGAUGUGGUGCUAUUUAAUCACUUCGCAGCAGCGGUCCUAAAUUGACCUUCUGAGAGCACACCCAAGGCAGCAGAGCAGUCUUCCAAAGAGGUCAGCCAAGCAACAAGGAUACACCUCUCCACCCAUCCUACACCAUGGCAUCACUCAACCUCUACGAUACGACCAUCGUCCCCAUCGUCCGCACGCUUCGCAACCUCUCCAGCCUCCUCAAGAAGGGAGAGAACUUCGCCGAUGCCAAAGGCAUUCCUCACUCGGAGCUCCUCGAAGCUCGCAUUGCUCCAGACAUGGCCGCUCUCCCCUUUCAAGUCCAGACUUGCUCCAACACCGCCAAAUUCCUCGCCGUUCGCGUAGCCGGUGUGGAAAACGUCCCCUGGGAAGACAACGAGAAGACCUUUGACGAGCUGCAAGCUCGAAUCACCAAGACCAUUGAUUUCCUCGAAGCUGUCAAGCGGGAGGAUUUCGAGGGGAAGGAGGCGGAUCACGAGAUCACGUUCCAGGGCGUGAAGCUUACUGGACUCGUCUAUGUCAAUGCGUUUGCCAUGCCCAAUUUCUACUUCCAUGCUGUUACGGCGUAUGAUCUAUUGAGAAUGAAGGGCGUGGACAUCGGAAAGAAGGAUUGGCUGGGCAGAAAUUGAAGACGCUGACCUGACGAAAGAAGUGGUCGGGAUCCUGCUGGGAGCGGCUGAACAUCCCAAGAUGCGAGAAAUGUCUUACAGUUUAAGAAUCCCCUGAGACGUGGGCAACAUUGCUGUGGUGGCUCUGACUGGGUUAUUACGCAAAGCAGAACUCCCACGUGGCUGUCCAUAGAGAAGACCAAUCGUCAUCUAAGCGUCAAGUAGACUGCUAUCCUCACCGCUCUCUUAACCCUCUCGCUUGUCUGGGUCAUUGAUCCAUCCAUCUGCUCGACAGGUACAUGCUGGGAGUAAUUCGAAAUUGCUUGGGUGCGACAAUCAGCU